AUGACGAAGACAAUACCUAAGCCUAGUUUGGAGGAAGUUUCAAGGAGUUUAGAACUCAAUGAAAUGUAUGAAGAAUUCUUUACAAAAGAAGAAAAAUAUAAUUCUGAUAAUUAUUGUAACGAAGUAGAAGAGUAUAAUAGUAGAUAUAAUGGAGUCAGUGCCCUCUGCAGAAAACUAGUAGGAUUUUUAAAAAAAAUACCACAAACUACUAUUGUAAAGACGCGUAAUGAUUAUUGUGAUUAUUUAACGUAUUGGUUACAUGAUAAAAUAGGUGACAUAUAUAAAAAUACUUCUGAAAAAACGGAGAAUAUACCCUUUUUUAAAGAUCUUAUUAACGUUAUGAAAAAGGUUAAUAGUGAACUAAAAGGAUACAAUUGCACAUUUAUACAUGAUUAUAAAGUUAGCUUAGAUGAAUGGAAAAAUAGAAAAUUUUCAUAUAUUUACUUAAAAAACUAUAAUAAUAUUAAAGAAAUUAUUAAUCGUGAAUUUAUGGAUAAUUGUGAUAUGUACAUUACGUACCUUAAUAACAUUAACACACUAUAUACAAAGUAUAAGAAUAAUAAAUGCACAGGUUUUUUGUUUUUCCUUUCUGUUCCUAAUUACGUUGAUUGUUCUUCUAAAUACAAACCACAUGAACUCUUAUCUACAUUAAAUAAUUGUAAAGAAAAACAAUACAAAUCUGCUAUCAGUGCAUAUGAGGAUCAAUUGGAAAAUGGGAAAACUGCAACAAGUGGGAAAUCUGAAGAUGAAAAUCCAGCUGGUCCAAAUCUAGUAGAUUUACCAAGCUCAUCAGAUUCAUCAGAACAGUCACACUCUCCAGGUCCACCAGAUGUAGUUGGUGAAUCAUAUACACCAAAUACAGAAGAGACAGGUCCAUAUGUACAAGUUCCCAUAGGUUCAAGAAAAUUAGCAUUAGAAGCUGCAGGAGCAGAAGAACCCGUAGAUCAUAGAAAUUCUAAUCAUUCUCAAACAGGACCUUAUAUUCCACAAGGGAAUUAUGAUAACCACAAUGCUGGUUCAACAAGCAUACUUAUACCAUAUGAGGGUACCAUUGAUUUUUCUAAUUUUUUUCAAAGAAUAUAUGACAUAUUGAAUUCAAAUGAUCUUCGUCACAUAAUCAUGGGUGCUUCAAUAAUGGUAGUAGUUAUCUUCCUCAUAUUUUUCUUUUCAGUAACUAAGAACUCUAUUUUAAAGGAUAACAAUCUUUUGAUGAUAUUGACACUUUCUAUUCAUGAGUGUAAUUAUGAAACCAGACAAAUUGCAUUUUUACUAUAUUUUUUUUUUUUUUGUAUUAGUCUACUUCGUCAGGUUCCCAAUCAAAUGAAAGUGAAGAAAAAAAAAGAGAUUAUGGGUGGGAUUAUUGUUAUAGGGACGAAGAAGAAUUUUCUAUAUCAUUAUUUAAGAAAUUAUCUUUAUGAACGACAGAGCAACAAAAUUAAUUCUUAUAUAAAGAAAUUCUUUGAGUAUUUAAAUUACUUCAAGAAUAAUUAA